AUGCAUGCGAAUGACAUGCCUGACAUUGGAACUCGCUUCGCACUCUUCACGCUCUUUCACCCUGAAUCCUCGCAGCUGUCUGACGAUUCUAAGAUAGGGGACUCGUGUACGGUGGAGGGGAGGGUGUCUAUCAAGAACAGCACUGUAGGCAGCCACACCACCAUCAGAGCCAAUGUCAAGCUCAACAACUGCGUCAUCAUGGACCACGCCGAAAUCGGGGCUGGGUACUGUCUAUUCGGAGAGUGUACAUUUGUAACAUGUCACACGGUUUUUGGGUUUAAAACAUAG